AUGUACCAAAUGCAAAGUAUUUUGACAGCAUGUUUUGCACCAGAUACUAAACACGCAGACGACUGGUUCAGAAACCAAAGCACACAAGAACUUUUGAGUGAAAUUUCUCUAGACCGACUUUUUUCGGUCUUGCAUAAAACACAUGAAAAUCGUAAAAAUUUGCCAAUAAAUUUAAGAGGCUGGUAUGUUCAUAGACUUUUAGUAAAUGCUGUUGCAAUAUGGGCUUCUCCUCGUUAUGCAUGGCAUGUUUACAAACUUCUUGACGAAAUUCAUAGACAAGAACGUGAAGAGCUAGAGAACAAGCUUGAAGCAAAAGACAAAAGCCUUCAGAAAAGAAUACCACGUUCGGUACCAAAAGGAAAGGAAAAGAACUAUAAGUAUAUGAUUUAUACUGAAGAGAUGGAAAAUGAAGAAGACAGAGAUAUGGUUAUGUUGCAUUUAGUCAGAAGAAACAACAAAAGCUUUUACGACCUUGCUAAGAUUUACAAAUCUGACAGAAAUUGGUUCUAUCGCGAAAACUUACCGAUUUCAAUGACACCAAAUGAAGAUGUGAAACAAAUAGUUCAAGAUACUUUACCUCAAACACACUAUGAUAUUAAAGGUUGUACAAUACUUACCUUCAAAGAAGAUUUGCCAUUGUUAAAGGAAAAAAUAACAGAGUAUUUUGACAACUUCAAACAAGUAGAGUAA